ACGUGCAGGAAAUGAACAAGACACUACCGCAGUCAACUGUAUGCUAGGAGAUACUAUAAUAAAGCUUCAGAAUUGCAAAUGUAUUAUUUGGCAUAACGUAAAUCGAUAUUAUAUCAUAGUGGCGCUUUAAACGAAGGCACGUGAUGCAUAGAAGGUUUAUGAGGAAGAGAAGUAGUUCACUAGCUAGUGUGCAAGACUAAUGUAUACUGGUGCAUGAUUUAUACCUUAUAUUUUGUUUGAACUCACAGCGGUCACGUACAAAAGAGAUUGCACACACAGUAAAUCUUGGUGAACUUUUUUUUAAAUCUGGGUGUUUUUAAAUAGCAAGAAUUGCCAUGAAAGGACUUUACUGUAAACUGUCUGGAGACCAGGGGGAUGUGAAGUUUCUCGUACAGGAGACGAGUGUACCCACUGACAUGGGUGACCAUCAGGUCAAAGUUCAAGUAAAAAGCUGUGCACUAAGUCCUGUUGAGUUUAAGCUGUAUGAGGACCUGAAGCUUGGAAUGGAGCAUUACCCGGUUGGAAGGGAGAUUGCUGGGGUUGUUCUUCAAGUUGGACCCAAAGUGACAUUUCUCCAGCCAGAUGAUGAGGUUGUUGGGAUUCUACCUCUGGACGUUGAGCUGUCUGGCCUGUGUUCCGUCGUGCUUAUUGAUGAGUAUAAUUUAGUUCAGAAGCCUGAGAAAGUGAGCUGGUUUGAUGCAGUGGCAGCAAUUAAAGAUGGUCUCAGGGCCUACACAGCUCUCCACACUCUGGCUCGGAUGGCUGCGGGUCAAACUCUACUAGUGCUGGAUGGGGCCAGUCCCUUUGGAGUUGUGGCCAUUCAGCUCGCCCACUAUCAUGGUGUAAAGGUCAUGGCUACAGCUUUGUCUCCGGAGGACCAAAAGUUUUUGGAAGAGCUACGACCGAGUGUGGCAUUUGACUCCUCUUUAUCUUAUUUCUUCCUGCUUUGGCUUGCAUUCACUCAAGGUGUGCAGGAAUCACUUUUAGCUCGAGUGAUCAAAGUGUGGGACUCAAAGGAGGACUUGGUGGACUCAUGCCUUGAAGAGACUGGAGGACUUGGAUUGGACAUCAUCAUUGAUUCAGGAGUGAGACUGUAUGAGGAGGAGCUAGAAGCACUGAUGCAUCUCCCACAUAAACAUGACCUCAUUACCCUUCUUGCGGUUGGAGGUCACUGGGUCACCACAGAGCAGAACUUACAGCUGGACCCUCCGGACAGCCAUAUACUCUUCCUGAAGGCAGCGUCUGUCUCGUUCCUAAAUGAGGAGGUGUGGGCAGCGUCCCGUGCCAAGCAAGGCAGAUAUCUCCAUAUCAUGAAAGAUGUGGUGGAGAAGCUUUCCACAGGGACUUUCAGGCCGCUCUUGGAGGACCCUGUGCCUUUAUAUGAAGCCACCGUCUCUAUGGAGAUGGUUCAGAGAAAGCAAGUCAGAAAGAGGAUAGUCAUCAAGCUUUGAAGUGGACUCCAAAAUUAUGUUUUUCAUAAUUCUGUAAAUCUGAG